AUGUCGAGGCCAAGUACACAAGCCGUCCCACCGUUGCAAGACAAGGAUGUAAAGAUCAACAUUGUCGGAGCGGGCGUCUUCGGGCUCAGUACUGCCAUUCAUCUAGCACAACGAGGAUAUAAGAGCGUCACAAUCUUCGACAAACAGCCAUACCAUGAAUCCCGGUAUUCUUACUUCAAUGGAUGUGACGCUGCGUCGGCGGAUAUGAACAAGAUCUUUCGUUCUGCAUACGGAGGGCAAACCGAAUAUCAGUCCUUAUCCAUCGAAGCCUUCGAAGCCUGGAAUCAGUGGAACGCAGAGAUUGCCUCAGGGGAAGUGCCGCCGGGCAUGACCAAAGACGACAAAGUCUUUGUUAACAAUGGUAAUCUAAGCCUGACGGAUAAACCCAGCCUUCCGCCAUUUGAGUUGGCGACUGUCCGAAAUAUGCAUGAAGCUGGCUUUCCCGACUCGCAACUUAUAACCUACGACCCGAGCCAUGUUAAGAUCGCCACCGAGCGAGGUUUGGGUUUCGCCAUCGAUCCAUUUGACCGUCAAAAGCGAGGGCAGGAGUACCUCGGGGUGCUCGACACCACGGGUGGGACUACGCUGGCCGACAAGGCUUGCUCCUUUGCUCUAUACAAGGCAGAACGACUCGGUGUGCGGACGGUGUUUGGACCCACGUUGGGGGCCUUCGAGUCCUUUCUACGGGCGGACGGAGAGAUUGUCGGUAUCCGCACCCUCGACGGGAAAUCUCACUACAGUGGCCGCACGAUAAUUGCCUGCGGCGGAUGGACACCAACGUUGCUUCCCGAGCUGGACUCUGUUUGCGAAACCACGGCCGGUUCCGUCGCUAUCAUGAAAUUACCCACAGAUCUCGCGAGGCGAUAUUCGGCAAAAAAUUUCCCUUCGUGGAUGUACAAGAUGCGCGACGGUGCCGAGGGAGGACUCUACGGCUUCCCCGCCACCAGCGAAGGAUACAUGAAGAUCGGAUAUAGAGGCACCAAGUACACGAACCCGAAGGUGCAGAAGGAUGGCCGUGAACGUAGUGUCCCUGUCACACGGUACACGGAAGCUGAACGAAUUGUCGACCAGAUUCCCACGCAAGCCCUCGCGGUGAUCAAGCAGUUCAUCGCAGAUUUUCUACCAGAUCUGCCGGCGAACGGCGUCAACAUCGACAUGACCCGGCUGUGCUGGUACACGGAUUCUUGGGACAAUCACUUUGUAAUAGAUCACGUUCCUGAGCAUAAGAAUGUCCUGGUUGCCUCUGCUGGGAGUGGUCAUGCGUUCAAGUAUUUGCCCAACAUUGGCGCCUGGGUUGCCGAUGUCUUAGAAGGCAAGGGCCUCGACAGACAGCUGAUUCGGAGUUGGCAGUGGCGCACGCGCCCGGAUCAAGAGGAUCGCAUUAUCAACGAGCUGAUGCAGGGCAGUGCUGGCCGAAGAUCGCUGAAGAAGACAGAGUUGUCGACGCCGCGGCAUUUGAAGCUCAGGCAGACAGCGAACUUGUGA